AUGGACACCUCAUCCACCAACGGUCACGGAAACAGCUCGGUGCAGCAACACUCGAACCAACCCCAUCUCGCCACCAAAGAGGUCACAAUGGAGAUCGAGCCUGUCAACAAGAAGCCCAUCAAGCGCAUCGUUCCUGAGAAGAUCGCUGAGGUUGGCCAGUGGAAGGCUCCAGUUGUCACCGAAGAAGACAAGGCUAUUAACGAGGACGGCAAGGCUGUCCACGAGGACGGCAAGAUGGAGAUGUCGACUGAAGGUGUAAAGACAAACUGA